AUGUCCGACAGUUUGCGGAAAGGAGAAGAAGCGGAACGUACCGAUAAGCCGUAUAGAGAGCUCAUCGGAUGUCUGACGUACGUAACACUGACGUCAAGACCAGAUCUGUGUGCAGCAGUCAGCUACCUGAGCCAAUUUCAAAGCUGUCCGACUGAGCAGCAUUGGGUACAACACACCAAGAGAGUGCUACGUUAUAUUAAGGGAACGCUAGACUUGGGACUGGUGUUCCGGGCGAAGGAUGAAGCAUCGUUGAUUGAUGCUUUCGCCGAUGCGGAUUGGGCGAACGAUCCUGUGGACAGACGGUCGCUAACAGGAUACGUCUUUCGAGUGUGUGGCAGUACUGUUGUAAGCUGGUUGACGAGAAAACAAUCGACGAUUUCCUUAUCAUCAACGGAAGCUGAGCUUGUGGCGCUUUGCACGGCUGUGUGUCACGGAGUUUGGCUGGUUCGUCUGCUGAAGGAUCUGUCGAGAGAACCGGAGAGUCCGGUUGUGUACUACGAGGAUAACAUGUCGACGAUUCGAGUGUGGUGGAAGACGAGCGGGACACUGGCCGCUUAA